UGUUUAGUCCAUUUCGGUAUCCACAAACGGUCACACUAGUUUCCAGAGCAAUCCAAAAAAGGAGCAGUGAAAAGCGAAUAAAAAUCUACACAUUUACAUUUAAGUAGAACCAUCACCGGAAAACAUAAAAAAUGGUGGACUACAGCAAGUGGAAGAACAUCGAGAUUUCGGAUGACGAGGACGACACUCACCCGAACAUUGACACGCCUUCCUUGUUCCGCUGGCGACACCAGGCGCGUGUGGAGCGUAUGGCGGAAAUGGACCACGAGAAGGAGGAGCUGAAAAAGAAGCGCCAGAGCUUCCAGGCGCGCCUCAUGGACGUCAAGGAGCGGAUCGCCAAAAAGGAAGGCGACGAGCCGGCUCUAAAGAAAGAGCUAGAAAAGAUUGAGGCCGAGGGCAAGGAGCUGGACCGCAUCGAAAGCGAGAUGUUGAAGAAGGAGAAGAAGACACCCUGGAACGUGGACACCAUUAGCAAGCCUGGCUUUGAGAAGACGGUGAUCAAUAAGAAGGCCGGUCGCAAGCCGGACGAAAAUCUGUCCGAGGAGGAGCGGGAGCAACGCAUGAAGCAGUUUGUUAAGGAGAACGAGAAGCUCUGCAAGCAGUACGGCAUGCUGCGGAAGUAUGAUGACUCCAAGCGCUUCCUGCAAGAGCAUCUUAACCUGGUGAGCGAGGACACGGCCAACUACCUGGUCAUCUGGUCCAUCAACCUGGAAAUGGAGGAGAAGCACGAGCUGAUGGCGCACGUAGCGCAUCAGUGCAUCUGCAUGCAGUACAUCCUGGAGCUGGCCAAGCAGCUGGACGUGGAUCCUCGUGCCUGCGUCAGCUCCUUUUUCUCCAAGAUCCAGCAUUGUCAACCCGAGUAUCGGGCGCAAUUCGAGAGUGAAAUAGAAGGGUUCAAGGGCCGCAUCCAGAAGCGAGCGCAGGAGAAGAUACAGGAGGCAAUAGCUCAGGCUGAGGAAGAGGAGCGGAAGGAGCGUCUGGGACCCGGUGGCCUGGACCCUGCCGAUGUCUUUGAAUCCCUGCCUGAUGAGCUGAAGGCCUGUUUCGAGUCGCGCGACGUGGAGCUCCUGCAAAAAACAAUCGCCGCCAUGCCCGUAGACGUGGCCAAGCUGCACAUGAAGCGGUGCGUGGACUCUGGCCUCUGGGUGCCCAACGCUGCUGAUUUGGAAGGUGACAAAAAGGACGACGAGGAGUCGGACGAUGCCGCUGACGGCGGAGAGGAGAAGACCGACGAUGCAAAGUCGGAGAGCGCGGCUAAGGAAGAGCCCAUCUACACUGGCGUCAGCACCGAGGACGUUGACUGAUCGCCUCCAGGUUUCCAUCACCACCAUAGUUAUAAUCUAAAUGUACUGUCCACAUGCGUAUUUCAUCCAUACAAGCAGAGCAGAUGAGUUAUUGUAUAUAAUUUGAAUAAAUCAGCUAAAUUCUCAGCCACACGUCAAA